UACAGCAACGGCCGCGUGUAUGUUCUACCCCGCGUCUCCCGCGUCGUGCGUUCCUCCGUGCCAUCGUGUUCCGUAAACGGUCAACGGACAUUCAGCGGCCAUAUUCCGUCUAGCGCACCGCGUCCUCCGCUAUUCGCACCGUCACCGUAUCGGCCGAAAGUGUACGCUCGUACUGUAUGUCGCCUGAGACGACCAUUGCCUGGCUACAUGUCGAACAAGAUGUCUAUGUCCUCUGCGCGGCCCCCGCCGUACCCGGGGAUCGUCAGCACCAGCAAAAGCGUCAUGUUGCCCCAGCCUCCCGACGACUCCGUCUCGUCGAUGGCGUUUAGCCCGUCCGAGGCCACGCAGAACCUCAUCGUCGCCGGUAGCUGGGACAACACGGUGCGGUGCUGGGAACUCAAACCCAGCGGCCAUGGCGUACCCAGGGCCUUGCAGUCCAUGACCAUGCCGAUAUUGGACGUGUGUUGGAACGACCAGGGCAAUCAUGUUUUCAUGGCGUCCUGCAACAAACAAGUGCAUUGCUGGGACUUGAUGAGCAAUCAGACGGUACAAGUGGCGGCUCAUGACGCGCCCGUCAAGACUUGUCAUUGGAUCAAGGCUCAGAUGUACAACUGCCUUAUGACCGGCUCGUGGGACAAAACAUUAAAAUUUUGGGAUUUAAGAAGUUCAAAUCCAAUAAUGACCAUUAACCUGAAUGAAAAAGUUUAUUGUGCUGAUGUGGACUACCCGUUUGCAGUUGUUGGUACUGCCUCUAAGGGUCUGUUUCUUUAUAAAUUGGAAGGACAACAACCUAUAUUUGUAAAAUCUAUAAAAUCACCACUUAAAAGUCAACACAGUUGCCUAAAAAUUUUUAGAAAUGUGAAAACACAAACUCCUGUUGGUUUUGGUAUAGGAAGUACAGAAGGCCGGGUAGCUAUUGAGUAUGUGGUGCAAAAUGCUUCAAAAGUAAAUUUUACUCUUGAAUGUCAUCGACGACCAAUAGGGACUAAACCUGAGGUUAUUGAUAUAUAUGCUGUGAAUGAUAUUAAUUUUCAUCCAGUUCAUGGUACAUUAGUGACUGCAGGUUCUGAUUCGGUGUAUACUUAUUGGGACAUAGAUGUCCAUGCAAAAUUGAAAAGUUCCGAUCAACAUGACCAAGCUAUUACUAAAUGUUGUUUCAACUUGAAUGGGCAAAUAUUUGCUUAUAGUAUUGGAUAUGAUUGGUCAAAGGGGCACGAGUAUAACAAUCCAUCUAAAAAACCACAGAUAAUCUUAAAACCUUGUUUUGAAGAUUCAAAACCUGAGAUUCAAUAA